CAGAUGAAGAAUGGAUGUACUUACCUGAAGUGAAAACCUUCGUCUCGAUUAUAAUUUCUUGAUUGAAUUACCUGCAUUCCCUGAAAGCUGCCGCUCAAUUAUCACUUCGUUGAGUUUGUGCUAUAAUGGACUCACAAGCAUCAAAGGUCUGGAGUUUUUGAAAAAUUUAAAAUAUUUGGAUGUCUCAGCUAAUUGCAUAUCCAGUUUUCAAUCGUUUUAUCUUCUCACGAAUUUGGAUCGAUUAACUUCAAUGUAUUUUUAUGGCAAUCCAAUAUCGCAUCAUGAGUCUUAUCGACUUAAUGUUGUUUCAUGUCUUUCACGAAACCUCCGUCGAUCUGUGAUCGCUCUUGAUGACAAAGCACUAAGUGUGAAAGAGAUGUGUUAUGUUGGUAAAUUCUUGGAAAUGCCGUGCAAUACUCACAAUCCAAGUCCAACUCAUGGCCCAUCGGUUGAUACGAUUCAAAGUGGUUUAGAAGCUACUGUUCCUUCUGGUGAAGAAAGAACAUCUCGCACUCGUGAUAAAAAGCGAAAAAACAGACACAACUUUGUAAGACAAGUGUCCAUUCGGAAUAUUGACGACGAAGAAGAAAGUUCGACAGGAUCUAGCCAACCUAAAGUGAAUGUAAAAAUCAAUUCAGAAGUGGAGAAGUUGGAGAAAUUCAAAAAAGAUGCUGGUGAGGGUUAUCUUGUUGUAAGAAACCAACAACAUUUAAUAAUAAACGAUCCGGAACAUUCAUCAUCUUUAUCAACAGAAAUACCAUCGUCACAUGUUUCUAUUCCUGAAACAACUGAAGCAGCUGACGUCAUUAUCGAGAGCCCAGAAUUCGAUAGGAAAGAGUUGUUAGAGGAGGUUGAUUCGCAUGAAAUGUUCAUGAUUUCUGUAAAUAUGAGCGAACAGUCUGAAUCCUACGAAGAUAUGUUUGUUUCUGUUAAAAAUCAUGAGCUUGUGGAAAGAAAUAUACAAUUAAAGAUUGUUCAUCGAUUGGAUUUAAAUGGAUUGCUUGAUGUCAUGACGACUUCUUUAAAUGAAGAGGCAGCUGUCGUCAUUUUGAAGUUUGACUACGUCAACAAAAAUCGAAAAUAUCGCGAAUACCAGUUUGAUGAUAUUUCGAGAUGUGAGGAAUUUAUUUCUCUUUUAAAAGCGUUUGGUCCGCAACGUAGCAGUGAAAAUUUAGAAAAUGAGCCAGAGAAAUACUUUAAGUGCAUUAAGUGUUUAACCGAAUAUGUUGCGACCAAUGAGGAGAUUUCAACUUGUUCAAAUUGUGACAGUUUGUUUGUUAUUGAAAUCGUAAAAAACCAAGAUAAAUCGACACCACAGUCAAGCUUUAAAGAUACUUUAUGGUCUGGCCAAACCAUUCAGCAUCCCGAUGUUGUUCCUUGUGUCAUGCGUGAAUCCACCGCUCCACCUGACGUUUGUAAGGAUACAAGCUGUCCAGCUACUGAUGGCGAGACCUUUGUUGACACAGAGAAAGCGUUGGAUGGUGAAUACAACUGUUCAGUUGAUGGUCAAAACUUAAACAGUGACAAUAAUGAACAAUUGUACACUUCAGAUAAAGAACCAUCACUUCCAAAAGAGCGCAGCAUGUCUGCCAAAAUUAAUAUUUCACAGGAUAGUUAUUCCGAUACACUCUCUCGAUGUUCAUACUCUUACAAGUCAUCAGAUAGCUAUUUGGCAUCAUCCUAUAGUUCUCAAUCCGGCUCUGAGGCGGUUUAUUCAAGCUCAGCUGGGGGAACAUCUUCAAUGAUCGAUUUUGAUCGCGAUUCAUCCACACAUUGUGAUCAUCGCUUGAAGUUAUUCUUGGAAAUGAAAUUUUUUCGAGGAGAAGAACCCGAGGAAUUCCGUUGUAUGAUCAAGUGUGCAGUUGCAUCGUAUGGGCACAGAAAGGGAAGACGAGGAAUUCUCAUUGUAUCCAACAAGAAUGUAUAUAUUUGUAGGAUAAAUGGUGUUGAAAGUGUUAGACCAAAAGAAUGGCUCUCGUUGAAGACACAUUAUCUCAUCACAGAGUUGCGUUACAUUGAAUGUGGUUUUAAUUAUCAGAGUUUUCGACUGGAGUUUGCGAAAGUAUUAGGUUGUUAUGUUUUCUUAGUUGGCGAUAGAAAACGUACCGAAGAUUUUUUGAAGACAUUUCGACGUGUGUGUAAAAAAGCCCGCGAUGGAAAACGUCUAGCCAUUGGUAGAAAAAACCCACAAACUCUCGCAAACAUAAGGAUUCAAGUUCUGGGUUUAAAAGAUGAAGAUCUUAUGUUGAAGGGAAGGCGUUUUUACGACCAGGCUGUAAAUUUUACCGUUCCACCUUUAAUCAAAGAUCACAAGAGUUGGUUUCGUACUUAUCCUCAGAGCAUGUUGGGAGCGGAUUUUAUCGACUGGUUGAUACGGUGUAAAGAAGCAUCUAAUUUCCAUGACGCUGUUCAUAUCGGUCAGAUGCUUCUCAAUGCCGGCAUAAUUCGAUGCCUCAACAAAGACUGUGGAUUUUUGGACAAAGACCAAUAUUACUCUUUUAACUUCUCACACGAAUUCAGUGAGGAAAAUAGUGAAACAUCAGAAGAGAGUAAAUCAGAGACAGAAGACGAUAAGUCGAGCACAAUGCUCUACAUAAUAGCACAAUGGAAAGAUGAAGAACGAUGGCGUCCUAUCUCAAUUGUCAUGAGCGAUGAUCAAAUUGUAUUGGCUGACGAAAAUCAUCAAUGGCCGCUACCACGGUUGCACGAACCUCCAAAAGGGCUGGAAGGUCCUCAAUUUACUUUGAAGAAAAAACAGAAAAUCAUUAACAUAACGGAAGUGACCUUGUUUUCUGGUUCACCUCGUAAAAUCGAAAUUGAAUUUCUGGAUGAGGAAACAGUACAUGUUAUCGAAGAUGACCGCUGGACUAUUUCAAUGCAUUCUGAAAAUUCGCUGGCGAAUUUUCUCGAUGGCAUUAAAGAAAUUUGGAAAACAAGAUUUUGCAUAGAUUUGCCGGUGAAUACUCUAGAUUGAAUCAAUUGCACAGUGGAAUUUUGACAACUGGGACCAUAAUUAUUUAUAUUAAUGUUAGAAAUCAUUUAGUAUUUAUAGAUCGAAACGGCAAAACUACUUUGCAGUGUAUUUAGUCAUAAAGACCCGUUAAUUAUUUCGUCAACCUUUCAUGGAAGUGCUAUAUUUUGACUUUAACGCUAUCAAAUUUCUAUCGUUUCAUUAGAUCCAGGUUCUCUUCUUAA